AUGGCAUCAAAGUUCUUCUUCACCUCUCUCACUUUGCUGGUUCUUUUCUGCUUGCUUCUUGUGAAAGACACUUCUGAUUAUUGCAAUGCUAAUAAGCAUGGAUGCUUUGAUGCUCAGGCAGCUGUUCUCAAGGAGAUUCGAAAUAGGAAGGUGUUUUUUGCUUUCAAGGAUAAGAAAACAAGUCUGAAGGCUAUGCUGCAAGGAUCAUCAUCAUCAAGAAUGAUGAGAGAUGGUGAAAAAUCAGUGAGUUGGGAGCUGAGGAGGGUUCCUUCUGGUCCAGACCCACUCCAUCAUAACGGUGGCAUUGGCAACCCCAAGCCUCAAACCCCUUAA